CUGGCUUUGCGGGUCACGCCGUCACGCCAGCUUCUUCAGUCUUGUCAAGUCUUGUUCAGCACCGCUGAUCGUUCUACGAGUUAAUUGUUGGACGGUGUUCUUUGAACUCAACGUAUUGUUUUUACGAAUUAUAAAAUGUCAACAGUAAAUGAUAUGGAGGAAUCAGGAGACACCUGUCCAGCUCAAUGGGCGAUCGAUCUUCUGAGGCGCGACAGUCAUUACAAACGGGAAUUUUAUAAUUUGUAUCUUGGUCAUAUGGUAUUGGGAUAUGUUGGCUUUUUUACCCCGAUAAUGAGGAAUAUGUAUCUGAGUCGACCGUGGUACAGCUCUUUCCAGAACCAUAUUAUGUUUACUAUAGGGGGUGUAUUGUUUGGAAAAUUUCUAAUGAAAAAAACGGAUCACAUGUAUAAUAGACGUGAUGCAAUAAUGGUGGAUUAUAUUAAAAGACACCCAGAUAGAUUUCCUGAACCAGAAAAUAAACUGUACAGAGACAUAUUUCGGCCAUGGAUACCAGUGCGUUAGGUAAUUAUAAUAAGAUUGUAUACUAUUUCCAUGUAUUAAAAUAUCAAAAGGAAAAAUAUAGAUGAUUAUUAUACCUUGUGAA